AUGAAAAGUCGAACUUAUAGCGAAGCAAGAGUCUACACCACGGCCAACGUCAAACGGGGACCUGAGUACUGGGAUUACGAAAAUACUCUUAUAGACUGGAUACCAAAUAACGGGGCAUAUGAAAUCGAAAAAAAGGUUGGGCGUGGAAAAUACUCCGAGGUAUUUCAGGGCGUACAACUGGCAACGAAAUCUAAAAUCGUCAUAAAAAUGUUGAAGCCUGUGAAGAAAAAGAAGAUCAAACGUGAGAUCAGCAUCCUGACCAACUUGUCAAAUCAAACAAAGCCCCCGACGGCCCUGCCUUUUGACCGUGACGUGUACUACGAAAGCGAAAAACACGAGGUACUUAAGUUCAGGCGCCCUGAAAUCUAUGAACUACCUCAUGACGGCCAUAAGAACAUCAUACAACUCUUGGACGUUGUACGCGAUCAGGUAUCGAGAACUCCCGCGUUGAUUUUCGAGCACGUCGAAAACGUAGACUUCCGGACGCUGUACCCUACAUUCACCGACCUCGACAUUCGUUUCUACAUGUUUGAGCUGCUAAAGGCCCUGGACUUUUGCCACUCGAUGGGUAUCAUGCACCGAGAUGUCAAGCCUCACAAUGUUAUGAUCGACCAUUCCAAACAUAAACUUAGACUGAUAGAUUGGGGUCUUGCCGAGUUUUACCAUCCAAAUAUGGAAUACAACGUACGCGUAGCAUCACGCUUUUUCAAAGGUCCCGAACUUCUGGUCGAUUACAGAAUGUAUGACUAUUCCUUGGAUUUGUGGUCCUUCGGCACCAUGCUUGCGUCCAUGAUUUUCCAAAAAGAGCCGUUUUUUCACGGUACCAGUAACACGGAUCAAUUGGUCAAAAUUGUUCGGGUUUUGGGCUCCGACGAUUUUGAGGCUUAUUUGCAGAAAUACCAAAUUACAUUACCCAGUGAAUUUCACGACAUUGACCAAUAUAUUCGCAGACCUUGGCAUAGGUUUGUCAAUGAUUCAAAUAAACAUUUGUCGGGGAACGACGAGAUAAUAGAUUUGAUUGACAAUUUACUUCGCUACGAUCAUCAAGAAAGACUUACCGCUAAGGAAGCUAUGCAACAUCCUUGGUUUGCUCCCAUUAGAAAUGGUGAGUAUAGUGCAAAAUAG